AUGGGUGACAAGUACUCAGUUAUAUUACCUACCUACAACGAAAGGAAGAACUUGCCAAUUUUGGUGUACUUGUUGGCCAAAACCUUCAAGGCCGAAAAGCUCGACUGGGAAGUUAUUAUUGUUGACGAUGCUUCUCCAGAUGGUACCCAAGAAAUUGCUAAAAAGUUAAUAGACGUGUUUGGUGCUGAACACAUUCAAUUGAGACCUCGUGCCGGCAAGUUGGGAUUGGGUACUGCUUACGUGCAUGGAUUGAACUUCGUCACUGGUAAUUUCGUGAUCAUCAUGGAUGCUGAUUUCUCUCACCAUCCUGAAGCUAUUCCUGAGCUCAUUGCAAAGCAAAAGUCUGAAAACUUCGACAUUGUUACUGGUACUAGAUAUGCCGGUGAUGGUGGUGUCUUUGGCUGGGACUUGAAGAGAAAGAUGGUCUCAAGAGGUGCCAACUUCUUGGCUGCCACCGUUUUGAGACCAAACGUGUCAGAUUUGACCGGUUCCUUCAGAUUGUACAAGAAAGACGUUUUGGCUAAGAUCAUUGAUGUGACCAAGUCUAAGGGUUACGUCUUCCAAAUGGAAAUGAUGGUCAGAGCUAGAUCCUUGGGAUUCACUGUUGGUGAAGUGCCAAUUAACUUUGUUGACAGAUUGUAUGGUGAGUCCAAGUUAGGAGGUGAUGAAAUUGUGGGCUAUUUGAAGGGUGUCUGGACUUUGUUUACCAGUGUUUAA